GCGCUCUGUUCCCCCUUCAGCUUGACGCCAUUUACAGCCCAAAUCCCGACCUCCUCUCCGGAAAGAGCAAAAAAAAAAUACACGAGAAAAAGUACUCGCAAACUCCCAGAGCCCUGCGGAUAAAACACACCGAGUUUUAACAACUUCUGAGCUGGAGUUUCUUCUACUUCUUCUGCAAGAAAAGUGUAGUGCCGCUAAGUUUGCACUCCGACGCUGAUUGAUUGAACAUUUCUCCCGUUUUAAUACCUCGUGCUCUUGCGCAAAACAUGGGAUUUACGUUUUAGCGUUGCCUCUCAUGAAAAUGCGCCUCGGUUGGAAACUUUCUCAAUGGAUUUUACUGACGACUUUCCAGACUGAGUUGUUGAUGCACGGAAUAAACUCCCUCUCAAAUUGGAUUUAUUUCACCUAAACGGGGGCUAAAGUGUCGAAAGCACGGACUUCAGAUGUGUCCCAUGCCAGCCAGAGUGCCCCUUCAGUCCCGAGAUGGAUUCUACAAGUCAGAACGACAGCGAUGGGGGAGGAGGACGCCAAGGGCGGUCAUCGCCAUCGCCGGGCACUCCGCAUGACGAAGGGAGAACGCAACCUCGGCCUCCGCAAACCCGUGAUGGUCCGCCAGACCCUGGGUUGACCAGCAGGCUGCUCCAAACUCCAGCAGUGCUAUCUCUGGAUCAGAUCCGGAUAUCUGGGAGUAGUAAUGAGUACACAGAAGGGCCCACAGUCGCCCAAAGAUCUCCGGCCUCUCUGCAGAGGCAACAGAAGAGUGACUUGAUUACGUCACCAGGAUCAAGGACAAGUGGGCAGCAUGAGACCCGGGAAGAGCUGCCUAAUAAUCUCCGUAACCUGCAUUCAUUGACUCGGCAUGGAAACACAAAUGCUUCCAUGUCCUCCAGUGUGGAGGACUCCCAGAAUAGCAUCAGGACCAGCGUGGGGAGCUCUUCUUCAGGCCAGAGGCUCAUGAGCAGCCCGGCAGGCAGCAACCAGAUAAUCAGAACCCAGCCCAAACGUGCAGAGCUCAACUCAGAGGAGCUGAAACCCCUGAACGAUGAGCCCAGGGCUCUGUUGGCUGUGCCAGGCAGUGGAAGCAAUAAAAAUAAAAGCAUACACACCACCAAGUGUGAGGACUGUGGUCGGUGCUGCUGCCCAGAGUGCAGACGCCCGCGGGUGCUUCCUUCCUGCUGGAUGUGUAGCCGCCGCUGCGUGUGCUCCUUGCAGAGUGCCGUAGAGUACGGCACGUGCGUGUGCUGCGUCAAGGGGCUGUUCUACCACUGCUCCAGCGACGACGAGGACACGUGUGCUGACAAGCCCUUCUCAUGCUCACAGUCGCACUGCUGCGUCCGCUGGACCACCGUGUCGCUCUUCUCCCUGCUCUUCCCCUGCCUCCUGUGCUACCUCCCCGCUAAAGGAUGUGUCGGCGCAUGCCAGAGCUGCUAUGACCGGAGCACGCGACCCGGCUGUCGGUGCAAGAACACAAACCUUAUCCACUGUGAGGAUUUUGGCAAGCCAACGUAGACAAGACGGUGGUGUAUGUUGCAGAAAGAUGGACCAUGUUGACUGACUGUAGACAGCCCUGUAGUUCUGUAGUUGAACGGUUUGAUAUUAGUGCUUGAGUUUUUGUGUUUCCCAUCAAGAUCUUCAUGUCUACCACAUCUGGGCAGAGUCAGUUUUGCCUUCAGUUGUCAACUUUUAAUGCUGGUUGACAAAAAUGUUACUACAAAAGGCACUGGAGGAGCAUUCACUCACCCUGGCGUUAUGAGUAUCACUUGAAAGGUAAACCAAAAUAAGCGCUCCAUAUGAUAAAAGACAUAUCCAACUACUGUUUUGUCCUGAAAAGAAAUUCUUCACUCAAGUGCCCAGAUAUGGUGUUGUUGCUAUGAGAGUCCAAAUGGAUAUCCUUUUUUUUAACAUUUAAUACAACUUAUAUGCUAAGAACAGACUCCUAUUACUAACUGUAUGUAAAGUAGUAAAUGCAAAGGGUAUGUACAUUAGAAAAUGAGUUUGACAGAUGUUUUAUUUUUGUACAUAUAAUAAUACUUCAACUGUGAAAAGAUUUCUGCCACACCAGAGGCACCUUGAUAUGAAUCAGUAACUUCAUUCACACGAUGUUUGUACAUUCACUGGAAUGUAUAUCAAUCAUUUUAUGUAAUUUACAAAAGAAAAAUCUUAUCCCUUCUACUUGUAAAUUGUACAGUGACCUUAUAUGAGAAAUUUAUUUUCUAAUUCCAACAUUGCUUAGUGUAAAGUUAAAAAAUAUAUAUAUUUAUUUGAAGGUUUAUUAUUUUAUAAUGAAAAAUAUUUAUUUUGAGAAAGCAUUGUUAAUGUGUCACCUCUUACUGUCGUUGCUGCAGAUUGUGAGGUGACCUGUAGGAGUGUCAAAGCUGGAUGAAUAGUUCACUAUGAAUUAGAAGACAAAUAUAUUAACGUUUGAAAUUAAACAACCUUGAAGUCUGA